AUGAAAUCAAGAUCAGUCUACCGAUCCAGCCUGCGGGUCCUUCCGCAGAGGGGGGUUCUGUCAACGUCCCGACUCAACUCGACAUCGUCUGCCUCUCCCGCAACCUCUCGAUCAGGCCAGCCAUCAAAAGGACAAGGCCUCAACCAGCCCAAGGCCAUCUUCUGGGGGUGGGCUGCCCUCGUAGUGGUCGCUGGAUUCGGCUACUUCACAGUCAAGUCGAACAACACGGCCAAGAAGCGCGAGUUUAUGAUCAAGCAGGGCCAAGAGCUUCAGCAAAGGAGAGGAGCGGAACAGGGCGACGACGCUGCUGCCUCGUCCAUGCCAGUCCUCAUGUCGUCGAGCAAGCAGGAAAAGUACGCACAGUCUCCGCUUCAGAGUCUCACUGCUGCGUUCAAUCGCCAGACAACGCAGCGUUCGCGCAACACCGACUCGUCAAGCCAAGAAUGA